AGUGAUGAGCUUUGUGGGCACUAUGUUGUUGAAUGCUGAGCUGUAGUCAAUGAAUAGCAUUCUCACAUAGGUGCUCCUUUUCUCCAGGUGGGAAAGGGCAGUGUGGAGUGCAUUUGAGAUUGCGUCAUGUGUGGGAUUGCGUCAUGUGUGGAUCGGUUGGGGCGGUAUGCGAAUUGGAAUGGGUCUAGGGUUUUCGGGAUGAUGUUGUUGAUGUGAGCCAUGACCAGCCUUUCAACAUGAAUAGUGAGGCAAUUUCGAGGUAGCACAGUGCAGUGAUGACCAGAACAGAUCAUACUUGAGGUUCAGAAGUUCUUAUUUCACCUUGAAGUGAUGAAAAGCAUGAUCAGAGACAUCGUCAUUGUGCAGCAUCCUGUUUCUGUGUAUGUACCACUGAACUAUAAGGUGACUCUGAGUGUGAGAGCAGAGGGAACCGGUAUCCUGAACUACCAGUGGUUCAAGUCCAGUAAAGAGGAAGUAUUUGGUGGGACCAGAGCAGAGCUGAUUGUCACAGCCCAGAGGUCUCAGCUCUACAUUUGUCGAGUGAAUGACCAGUUCUGCAACUGUGUGUUCAGUGAAUGGGUCAAAGUAAAGGUCCUGGACAUUGCUAAACCAGGUCUCCCAGUAGCAUGGCGAGGGGAGCCCCAUAUCGCUGUACACCCUGCACCCCAGACUGUCAGACAAGGGGAGAGACUCACCCUCAGCUGCACUGCCUUUGGCAUUCCCACCCCUCACUACCAGUGGUACAGAAAUGGACAUCCUCUGUUGGGCAAGACCACGGACACACUGCAGAUAGAGAAUGCAGAGUCAGACCAUAGAGGAACAUAUCUCUGCUAUGUAUCCAAUGUUCAAGAGGAGAGAUGGACAGAGGCAGCUGAUGUUGAAAUAGUGCCAGCUAAUCAACUCACAGCGACUGACAAAGUGGCCCUGCUUAUUGGUAACCUCAACUACUCCCACCAUCCGGACUUGAUGGCCCCCACUAUGGAUGUCCAUGAGAUGGCCAACCUGCUGCAGCAGCUGGGCUUCAGAGUGGUGUCUCUACUGGAUCUCACCAGGGAGGAGAUGCUGGCGGCCAUUGACAAGUUCCUUCUCCUGCUUGACAGGGGCGUGUAUGCCCUGUUCUACUAUGCUGGUCAUGGGUACGAACGUUUAGGGAGAAACUAUCUGGUGGCCAUAGACGCUCCACAACCAUACCGUCCAGAGAACUGUGUCUGUGUACAGAGGGUCAUGCGCAAGAUGCAGGAGAGACGGACUGCAUUGAAUGUGGUCUUACUAGACACCUGCAGAACAUGGUACAACCAAGAUUGCAUAGCUUCUGAAAUCAGGCCAUUGGUACCCAUGGGAAACACAGUGUAUGGAUAUGCCACAUGUGAAAAUGCAGAGGCUUAUGAGGUACAGGACGGAGGGAAGAGCACCGGAAUCUUCACUAAGUAUCUGAACAAGCACAUCCUGCAGCCAGAGAAAGUCACCCACAUCCUGGAGCUGGUGUCUGAGGAUCUGGGCAGAGACCCUUUCGUCACAGGCAAGCAGGCGGUGGAAAUCAAACACACGCUAAAGGAGCCUCGCUCCCUCACAGAUCCGAUCAGGACCACCGGCCACACUGGAGAACUCCAUCUGAGAGACGCCUGCUGGAGACAGGCCAACGAGCUACCACGUCAGAAGUUGCUUAUUUUCACCUGUGGAGUUGAGGUGGAGGUCAGCUUCUCAGCCUUGUUCUCCAACGUCAUGGUUGCUUUUGGCACAGUGAAAACCACUGGACCCAGAGCCCAGGACUGCACUAUCACUCUGAGGAGCACACCUGCAAUGGAGGAUAUAUUCUCUAGUCCUGGGAGGUCAGGUGAAAUGGACUCUCUGUUGCUAAAUAACUUGGUUGCUGAAAACCCUGACUGUAGCCUCAGACUUUGUGGCCUUCAAAAGCUUCAGGGAUCCUUAGUGAUAAAGGUGGACCUACACUAUACCUACAUGGACAGGAAGCUGCGGCUGCAAGAGAGCAAACAGCUGGACAUAGGGAAGCCUCUGGUGGCAUCCUGUGAUCUGCACAGGGGACAGCAAGCAAUGGUUGCCCAGAGACGAGAUGGUGCCCCUGCCCAGAGUAUGGGACACAGCCAUAUCUCACACAGCAAGCAGCGCCCACGUCAGACAUUGGGCCAGCCAGGCCACCCCUUCACUAAGAGGGCAGAGUGUGCUGCCAAAGUCCCCACUGCAAGGAGCAAUGAACCAGGGGAGAAUGAUGAGACUGAGCCUCAUGACUUUACCCAUUGAUUUCCCCUCUCCACGUCUAUGGAAAGAGGAUAGUCUAGUACUAGUGACUAGUGUAGUCCAUUGGAUAUUUGCUGUUUAGGCUUUAAUCAAUGUACAUAAUAAAAUCAGCAUGAUACAUUUCCUUUCUCUGGUUUAAUUCUAUCAGUUUAAUUGUGGUUAUAAGGUGUGUAUGUACUGUAUACAUGGGUGCAUGUGAGUUUGAGGAGAUGACAUUCUGGAUUACGUUCCUCUCAAUAAGCACUAUUGUUCUGUUCUCAGCAAGACACUCAAACAAAUGCAAUAUUUAUUAUUUAAAUGAUCACAGAAUGAAAUAAAUUACACAAUAUAAAUGGGAA